AUGGAAGGUCACAAUUCGUAUGGAACAUCGUGGGCUGAUCAAUGGGAUGACGGCCCGGACCCCGUCGCCGUUCAGGGGAAAAAGAAAAGCAAUGGCACAGGAGCCAAGUAUAAACAGAAGGUAGGAGAAGGGUUGGAGAAGACAAAAGCGGUGGCUUCAACUGGGUUGAAGAAAGUGAAGGAGGGGACGUCUGUUGGGUUUCACUGGAUCAAAGACAAGUAUCAGAAGACUACCCAGAAACACUAAUACAAAACAAUCCUAGUGUUGGAUCUAGUUGUAUUUUGUUGACUUCUUCUUGUUUUUUUUUUUUUUUUUCUUUUAUUGAUUUGAUUUAUAUUUUGUUAUUAUGUAGAAUAUGGAGUUUCUAUGGUUUAUUUUUUUCUCUUUCGUUUUCAAAUAUAGCUCUCUUCCUGCA